AAAGUUCAUGGAUUUGUGCCGGGGACGCAGCACGUACAUGGCCGAGCACAUGGCAUCACCGAGCGGGCCGGCCGUGUGUCCUGACCAAGCAGGGAGUUCAGCCGUUAGUGAGCGGAGACGUAUGUUGAGGACCAGGCAGAUGUGCCAGAGGGCCAUGACAAAGGAGGAGGUGGUCAUUGCUGGCCUGUUACAUGAAACUCCCAACUACCUUGUUGAAAGUAGUGAACGUGGAAGGCAAAGGGAGAGGGGUUGUUGUUAAAGAGAGGGUUCCAAUGGGAGCGUAUGUAUGUGAAUAUGAGGCGACAACUACAUACCGACGUAAAGAAAGAGCGGACCACGAGGCGGAAUAUGCCAAGAACGACGAAGGGUGUUAUAUUUUGGACGUCUUGACAAAAGACGGGUGGAUGUGCCUUGAUGCGACCAGAUCUAUAACUCUGUUGGGCGCCUGCUGAACCACGCACCGAGAA